GCUGUGGCUGAGUACCAUCAGGAGCAGGAUUCUGGAUUCCAGGAGCAGCGAGCCCUGGCAUAUGAGGCCCGACGGAGGAGGCUAGAGGACUUGGCCCAGCACAUCGCCGAGGGCCGGGCCAGGAAACAGCGGGCACCUCGGGAGGCUGAGCAAGGAGAGGAGGGAGAGCCCCAGCCCCCUUUCCCAGAAACUGCAAUGCUAGUUCAGCUGCCCACAGCCCGCCCCAGAUCUGCCUGGGCCAGGCCCCUGGACUGGCACCAGCCUUCCCCAGAUUGGCCCUACGCUGGAAACCCAGGGCAUGAGCUGCGGUAUCGAGUCUACAAGGAUCUGUGGGAGAGGGGCUACUUCCUUACUUCUGGGGGCAAGUUUGGGGGUGACUUUCUGGUCUAUCCAGGUGACCCCCUUCGCUUCCAUGCCCACUUUGUGGCCCAGUGCUGCACCCCUGGGAACCCCCUCCCACUGCCAGACCUUGUUUCUGCUGGCCGUCUUGGGACCAACGUUCGAAAGACUCUGCUUCUGUGCUCCCCUCUGCCCAAUGGCUCUGUGGCCUACACGUCUCUGCAGUGGGCUGGCCUGCCGUGACUGGCGAAGGGUUGGGGAAGGAACCUUUCUUGGAACCAUGGGCCCAGAGCUCCGGAGGGACCCCUCCUCAUUGAGGCUCUGCCCCUCUGGGGCUCCUGUUCCCUCAUCUAUAACUCAGACAUCAUGCAUCUGCCCAUGCUGGAUACCAUGGAUAACCCAAGCCCCUAGUGCUGGGGAAGGAGAGUGGAGGGCCACUGCUUAUUUCAGAGGAAUAAAAACUGGCCAAGUGCUGGAGCCUGG